UUGUUUUGUAUUCAAUAUUUAUGGUAUGCAAGUGUAAAAUCACCCAAUCUAGUUGGUCACAUGACAUCCAUCAAACAUGUAGUGGAACAUCAUGUGUUAUGUGUUUUGUAAACAGUUUAAAGGCUGGUGCAAGUCAUUCACAAAAACAGAACUAUAUUUGACCAUAGCUCAGGGGAUCCUUCUUGGCGGGUUUAUUGCAUUUCUAACUUUUCUGAUUUUACAUUUAAUUGCUUGUCAUAGGAAGGAAUUACAGCAAUAUUCUUUACCAACCAAUGUUAGUAAUGAAACUACAGAGUCAUCAGUGACAACUCAAACUUCUAUGACAAUAUCAAUGAGAGAUACAUUGCCCCAAAAUGUACAAUGCACUUGGGAUCCUUCGCACAAAACUGAAACUGUCACACAUUACUACUAUACGAAAUAUGAGAAAUUCAAAACAGAUCACGUCAAAUUGGCAUUUGGUAAUACAACAAAAGGCAGGGGUGUAAAAAAAGAUGAUGACAUAUUCAUAGUAGAACGUGAUGGAGUAACAGAAUUGAAAAGAAAUAAUUUCGUACUGGCUCUGGUGAAGAUAAAACCUCCUCAAGAUGUUGUAUUUGGUUGUAUUCUUACAGUAGUCAAUCAGUUUUGGACUAUAACUGCAUCAAGUUGUAUUGAGUCUAUUGAAGAGGUGGAUUCCCUUGACUCUUUUGUGAUGAUGGAGAAGUUUGGAGAGAGGCAUGGGCCAGUCCACGCUGUGUCUGAUGUUAUGAUCCACCCGCUUUACCAGGGGACCAAUAAGAGUUAUGAUUUAGCAGCUCUAAAGUCAGAGGACAGGUUGAAUGGCAAUGUCGCGAAACUGGCGAGCAUACUUGACUAUUUGCUGAUCACAUUGGGAGAAAACCUGGAUAUUCUUGGUUUUGGAAAGUUUAGGAGCAUAGACAAGCACCCCCUAGCGCGCACCGUCCACAGCGUAACUGUUAAUAUUUUGCCGCUGAAACAGUGUGAGAGUGGAGACGAGAGCUGGGCGUUGCGGCACCUGGUCCCCGAGGGGGAGCUGGUGCGGCAGGGCUGCGGGGUGCGCCAGCUCUGCGCGGGGCUGCUGGCGGGGCGGAGCACCCCCUGCAACUACUGCGCUGGCACCCCUCUACUCAGGGGCCGGGUGGUCGUGGGCAUCAUGAGCGAUAACCAGCACUGCGGGCUCGCGUGUGAACCCAAUCUGUAUGUGAACGUCGCGGAGCUCAGGGAUUGGAUUGAUUCUGUGAUUAAAGUGGACUGAUGGAAAUAAAAUGUUUUGAUCAUG